AUGCACUAUGUUUUCUGCAUUAUUGAUCCCCUUUAUGGUGUCUUUGGAGGCAUCUACUACAUUGAUAGGGUGUAUACUCGAGCUUCAUUUACUCAAACCAAUCCCCAGCUCUCAGUAAGCGACUACUUCAAAUGGGAUAGUAAUAUUAUUUUCCCUCUCCUCAUGGCAUUUGUACAUGUAGCUUGGCUGUAUUUCUUAUUGCGUUAUUUGGAAGUACGGAAGUAUGGUGGUGACACAAAAGAUGUGGUCGGCUGUGUCAAGAAGAAAGGUCCAGUGAGUGUUGUCCCUGAGACGAAUGAUGAUGUCAUAGAGGAUGAGGAUGAAGAUGUUGCCACGGAAAGAAGCAGAAUCAUCAACUGGAAUCCAGCUGUAGAUAAGGCUCCCGUUGUCAUGGUGAAAGGCCUGCGCAAGGAGUUCAGCAAAAGAAUCAAAAAUAGUGGUUUUUGUAAGAAAGUGCCUGAUACCGUCAAGACAAAGGUAGCAGUUCGUAAUUCAACAUUUGGAGUAGAAGGAGGUGAGGUGUUUGGACUACUUGGCCCCAAUGGAGCGGGUAAAACUACCACAAUGAAUAUGAUCAUUGCAGAAGAGGGACCAACCAAUGGAAAGGUUACUGUAGCAGGCUUUGACAUCAGAUCUAGUCUCUCUGAUGCCUUUCAAGCCAUGGGUUAUUGUCCCCAGCAUGACCCUCUCUGGGAUGUCAUUACGACAAAGGAGCACAUUUCCACUUAUGCUAUUAUGAGGGGCAUCCAUCCAAUUGAUGUGAAGGGCAUCACACAAUUUUUUCUGAAGUCGCUGCGCAUAGAAGAGCAUGCAGACAAGCAUGCAAAGAAGUUGUCUGGGGGAACGAAACGAAAGUUGUGCUAUGCCUUGAGUAUGCUUGGGAAGCCUGAUGUUGUUUUGAUGGAUGAGCCUUCCACAGGAAUGGACCCCAGGUCUAAACGUUACCUGUGGGACACAAUUAGUUCUUGCUUUAGAGGAACUGAAAGAGGUGGUAUCCUGACUACACAUUACAUGGAAGAGGCUGAUGCUCUUUGUAACAGGGUUGCCAUCAUGGUCAAUGGACAGAUGGAAUGCAUUGGAUCAACACAGCGACUGAAAGACAGACAUGGUAAAGGGUAUGUUCUUGAAGUAAAACUUCAGGUGGUAUCUAACGAUUCUGCCGAACUGGAAGACCGAGUUGAGGGUCUAGAUGAAUUUGUUCAGGGUGUUUUCCCAACAUCUGAGAGAAUGGAAUGCUUUGGUGAGCGGAUCACAUAUAAACUGCCCCAGUCUGAUGUGACAUCUUUAGCAACAGCAUUUAGUGCACUAGAACAGGGUAAGAUGCAAUUUAAUAUUGAGGAGUACAGCUUCAGCCAGUCCACCUUGGAGCAGGUGUUCUUAGAGUUUGCCAAGAGGCAGAAAGAAGAAGAAAUCGAUGACAAAGAUGAAGAGCUUGUGAAGGCUGAAGCAGCAAAAGAACGUUCAAAUUCUGCACGCCGCAGAUUGAACUCGCAACAUUCCAGGACUGGAUACUCAAAUCUUGGAGCUGAAGCUGAUGAUAUAACUGCCCAAGUGAAGAAACCAGCAGUGAGCACAUAUCUCUGAGAUAACAUUCCACGUACAACUAAUAAUUACGAAUAGAGCUAUUUGAUUUUGCUAGAUCUACUACAAUUAAAUAAAA